AUGAGUCACGAUCAAAGGAUAAAGAACACAGCAGAAAAGAAGCCUAGUGAAGAGAAGGUUACUGAUGGCCUCCCAAAAAAAGAAGUGGUACCUCUAGUGAGCAUUGAGCACCAUAUCAAGAUCCCAUAUUCACAAAGACUCCGCAAGCAAAAUCUGGAUAAACAGUUUGCAAAGUUUGUGGAGGUGUUCAAGAAGCUGCAUAUUAAUAUUCCUUUGACUGAAGCCCUGGAAAAAAUGCCUCGCUACGUCAAAUUUAUGAAAGAGAUCCUGUCUAAUAAGAGAAAGAUGGGAGAAUAUGAAUCCGUAGCAUUAAUAGAAGAGUGUAGUACCAUUGUGCAAAGGAAGCAUCCACAAAAGUUAAGAGAUCUGGAGAGCUUUACCUUACCUUGCACCAUUGGGGACAUUGAAUGCAAGCAUGCUUUGUGUGAUCUGGGUGAAAGUAUAAAUUUGAUGCCACUGUCAGUAUUCCGUAGACUCAGGCUAGGUGAAGCAAAGCCCACAUCUGUCACAUUACAGUUGGUAGAUCAUUUAGUUAAGCACCCUAAGGGGAUUAUUGAAGAUGUGUUGGUAAAAUUCGACAGGUUUAUAUUUCCAACAGAUUUUAUUGUUCUUGAUAUGGAAGAGGAUGCAAAUGUCCCAAUUAUUCUUGGGAGACCGUUCUUAGCCAUAGGGCAAGCUCUAAUAGACAUUCAAAAAGGGGAGUUACAGUUAAGAGUACAAGGUGGCGAAGUAGUAUUCAACGAAGGUGUUUACCGAGUUUUUCGGAAACUAUAA